AUGAAGUCGGCCGUGUCUACCAUCGCCCACUACCUCUACAAACUUGUCUACUACUUCAUCUAUCUCGUCCUUCUCGCUUUUCUCAUUGUCAGUCCUAUCGACUUAAUCCGCCAGGCGAUCAUCACCAAGCAGAACUACAGCAUCCUCCUUGUUGCGCUUUGCUACCUUGUCGCCAUUCUCAUCAUUGUCUUUAUCUACGCUACCCGACUGUACUAUAACAAAGCGGUGCUCGACUCGAUACCCAAAUCAUGGGUCCCUAUAGAGAAGGGCGACGUGCCCCGCGAUGUCAGACAGUUGAUUGUCGCCGGUCUCAGCAGGAGUGCCGCCAUUGCGUAUGAAGCGAGACCAAGGUUGCCUUUGCCUCCGACUUCAGCUGCUCCCGGUUCUGGGCCAACUUCUGUCCCUGCAACAGCAAAUGUGCCGCACCCUACAUCGCAAAGGCAAGAGGUGGAAAGAAAUAAUGAUGAAGGGCAAGAUGAAGAACCACAGCAAGAGCAUAGUGGACGGAUAGCCACGGCAGCGAAGGAAGCCUCGAAAGAAGCCACAGACAGAUUCGCUGGGAGACAAUCUCGCUGGAAACCAAAGGUGCGUAGGGGACUCAGCGCGGGCACCAUUGAGGGUCGGGAAUCCGAACAUGAUUCGACUACCACGCACCCAUCGGGCCAUGACGAGCCGACGUGCAUCAACAUCGGUGCACUACAUGGAGGUGCCCAUAUCUGGGGCGAAAUCGAACACCCUGGCUGGGGUCCGCCUACUUCUCCGGACCUUGCGAAUGUGCAAUACGAUACAGUCAUACGCGAACUGCCGAAUUUGAUCGAGGCCAAGGCUAUUACCCUUGCACCGCCGGACCGGGCAUGCGAAGGCGAGGCUGAGGGGGAAGCAGGGAGGAUGGACCCACCGCUAUUGGACCCGGAUGCCGUGGAGCUACUCCAGCGACAUGAGAGCAUGGGACUUCGCGAGUAUCUGACUAGUUUGACGGAGCUCGGCGUGGUAGCACCAUCAGAGGCCCUGAGUGAAUUCAUCAAGCUGUACCAGCGCGCUCGGUACUCUACUCGGCCGCUAUCGCUUGACGAAUUCAGACGGUUAAUGCACGUUUUUGCGGAGGUGCUUAAAGACAUGAGACCGCUUGAUCCGAUGGUGUUGGACGAAAUUGCCAGAGAGUACGAGUAUGAUGGAGCUGAAGAUAAUGAUCCGGGAAUUGCUUAUAACGCCGGCACCGAAGGGGAUGGCAGUAACGAUCGCCGUUUCUUCUCUCCUUACUCUCAGCAACCGCAACAGCCCUCGCCCCACUCCUUCUACGAAAGCGACAUCGACAACGAUGCGCCUAGGCGAAGUUACUCCUCUGGCGAUUUACGCAAAGAUAGCGAUGGCGGUAGCAUGUACUACGGUGGAAACGAACCAGAGCAAUAUAUCGCUAGCCGCCAGCAUCGACGUCAGCAACAACAACAAGAACCACCCAGAACCCCCACGCCCAAAACCCCCAAAAGAAGAAGGCGAAGAGCCAAAUACACCACAGCCGCCCGCCCGUCAGACCCAGGCCCAAGCGACGCCAACCCCUUCCGCGGCCUCAAUCACCUGACCCGGCAACAAACCAACUCCUCCUACUUCUCUUCUUCUUCCUCUCUCAGGAGCACCCACACCCACAACUACCUUCGCCCCGAAACAGCGAAAACAGCAAGAACCCACCUCAGCAGUCGCAGUCAUCGUCAUCAUCAUCAUCCCUAUCAACGCUCUGCGAACCGCGAAUCCUCUGGCACUUGCUCGACCACGUAUUCCUGGCAGCAACAACUGAGACAGUUUCGUACGGCGCCGGCUUCCCCUAGGAGCGUGGCGCUGACGGGGCACACGGGGCUGUGCAGGGCGGAGACGAAUGGUACGGGGAUUAGUCCUGGGGAGGUUUCGCAGUUGUCGUUGGCAUCGUCCUCUGGAAAAGGGGGGAGUGUGAAGAGUGGGGAGAAUAGUGAUAGUAGUAGUGGGAGUGUGAUUAGGUUGGCGGGGAGGGGGGAUCAGACGGAUUUGCCUUAUGUUUUGAUGCCUACUCCUAGUAUACGCGAGACAACAACAAUGAGUGGCCACACUCACAACAACCCCAACCCCGGCUCAGUCCGGUUCAUCGACCCCGAGGAUGAGCAAGAUAUGCCCAUCCGCUACUUCAUCAACCCCGAUGAAGUGAACACCGAGGCAGAGGAGCCGGCGGUCCAGCCCCCUCCUAUUACCCGCCCAAUCUCGCCUGGCCUAUCCACACGCGGUCGAGCUGACAUUUCCUCGGCUGAGCAGGGCAGCAGCAGCCGGCCCAUUGAGACUCGUCACUUCAGUGACGCGGAAAUGAUGGCCUACGUCACCAUUCGUGGCAUCACCGGCCACGGCCACUACCCUCGCGACGAGGCGUUAGAGCCCUUGGUCAGGCUCAUGUAUGAGCCAAGGGCUUCCGAGACUGAGCCUGAGUCUACUCAGGAGACGACAACGAUCGAGGCGGUUCAGGAAGAAGUGAACAAGGCUAUCCAGGAGAUGUCGAGCGGGCCUGCCGAAGAGACGACCAUGGCCGAGCCUGCCCGAGAGACGGCAAACGAGCCUACCCAAGAGGUGACAAUCCAGCCUCUCCAGUUCUUGGAGCUCACAGAGCCUGUCCAAGACGACAACCGGCAACUCAUUAGCAAUGACACAAGCACGUGUCAAGAGUACCAAGACCAAGAACCUCAAGUGGACCAUGGCAAGUCCGAGACCGAAGACGGCAGAGAUGGCAAAGUUUUGAAAACCCCCCUUUCUUCUCCCAUGAGCAUCAGCAUCACUUCCCCCUUCAGCACCAUCGACUCCCCGUUCGGCCUCCAAGUGCGUGGUCGUUACUACCGGCCCCAUUCCGCGAUCACCGAAGAGCGUGCAGACUGGGAGGAGCAAGGCUUCUCCCGGCCUCCCACAGCCAAUUUACUGCGCAGUUUUUCCAACGGUUCAUACGGCUCUUCCCAUGCGUCUCAUGGCUCAGCGAAAUCGAAUUCUGACCAGAGUAGUGGCAGUGGUGAUGGUGGCGAUGGUGGAUACGGCAGCAGCACUCCGUCUACUCCGCCCAGGGGGUUUGUCAAGAUGUCCUUCCUUCGAGAGGGCGAUGUCAGCGAUGACGAGGGUUUGGAUGCUAGCAGCAUUUCACCCAGGACUUUUUUGAAGCUGACGGAGGGAUGUGCGACGGAUAAUAGAUAUUUUAGGGUUGGCGGUCCGGCCAAGGUUCCUGUUCCCAGCAACCUUGAGCGUACCCGCCCUUCUACACCUCCCAUCGAGGAAAUGCCGGCUGUGUCCCCCCCUCCCUCAUCCCAGGACACUUACGAGUCUCAGUACGACGCAUACGACGGUAGCGUCAUGACCGGUCGUUACUCCGUGCCUUCCAACCCUUCGGUCAAGUGGACCGCCACGGGCGUUGCCCACACCAAUUUCGCCGGCAGAAUCGAGAAUUUUCCUUUCGACCGCAUGGAUCCCAUCGCCGGUCGCGAGCUGUGCCAUCGCCGCUACGGUCAGCCCGAGAGUGUCCAGGGUCUUCAGGGCACUGACAACGACAGCGCUUUUGCCUCCGCUUCGACUUCUACUGCGGCUGUUGCCGCUGCUGCUACUGCCGGGCCGGCACUUUUAGCGGAUGGCACACGUCCGGUUUCCAACCUCGCCGAUUACUCGCCCGUCAAGAUACCUGGCGAGAGCAAGCCGGUUUACGUUUAUGUCGGCGAUCUUCCUCCUCGUAUUCCGAUUGACGAGCGCAAUAUCCCGCCCCUUCGCAAGGCUGUCCCCUUUGAUGCGCAGCGCCAGAUCAGGAAGAUAGUUUCAGUGCCUCCGGGCUUUGAAGCGCAGUUUGCAGUGCAGGCUAGGGAGUUCGACAUGACCCAGGACGAGGCUGAGGCUUCGUCUGCUUCUGCGAACGCUUUUGAUGGUCAGCAGAAGAAGACUGAUUGGAAGGGCAAGGGAAAGGAAAUCAUCUUUCCUGAGGAGAGUCUGAGUAGCGGCAGUGGCAGUAGCCUCGAGAUGGUGGAACUUAAAGCUGGUCCUCCGCCGAAACUCCCUGAUGAUUAUGUUGAGACUCAGGAAGCUGGUGCGCCGGAGCUCCCUUAUGGUCAUGUUGAGACCUAUACUUAUGACGAGAUCGAGGAUGCGAUCACCAAUUACCCCGGUACCUUGGCAGACGGCAUUCCCGGUCACAAGGCGCGUGAACACCUCGAAGCUCGCAACAAGGCCAUUGCCGACCUGGAAAAGCAAGAGGCGGAGAUGCGGGUUGAGACGGCAGCCCUCGAGCACGAGGUGGAUGAGCUGGAGAGAAUCCGUCCGCUUGUCAGGGAACUGAUUGAGUGCGAAGUCCACGCCGCCAUCAGCGCCCGUCUCCAGGCCGAGCUCGCCAAAGGUCCCCUAGCUUUUGGUGGACUCUUCAACCCGGCCAUCACCACCAACGAGGAAGCAAUUGCCAUUAUCGAACGUAUUGUUUCCCAGCCUCUUCCUCGUAGCCGCGGCCGUUCUCGCUCUCAGCACUUUCCUUCUUCUUCCUCCUUUGUCAAUGCCACCACCUCUCGCAACACCAACACCAAGAUGCCCGUAGAGACGCCUAAAAUCCGCAAAGAAUCCGAUGUUGACCGCCCCGCCCAGAUCCGUGAGUAUUUCAACCAGCAGAUCGCGCAGCUCAAGUACAAAUCCGACGCGCAGUAUGUGUCGGUGAUGAGGGAGGGUCAGACGCAGAGCAAGUUGAAGCACAAGAAAGAUCAGAAGCUGACGGCCAUUGGAGAGAUUCUGGAGAACUUGGGUCGGAUGGGUGUGGAGGAUACAGAUAGGGUGCUUGAGGAGGCGCAGGCGAUUGUCAAGAGGGAGAUGGAGGAGGAGGAGAGAAGAAGGAGGGAGUGGGCUGAGUGGCAGGAGUGGUUGGCGUUGACGGAGGGCUGGAAGGGUACCUAA